ACAAAAAAUAAACCGAGGAGUUUUCGGGACUUUACGGUGUGACACCGGAAAUGUUGGUUGAAACAUCCGAUGCACUUCCUGUAGAGUCCGGCGGCAGAAUCCCACGAACGAGGUGUCUGCCCCCGGUGCCUGAUGAUAUGAGACCGGGUGCCACGCGCCUUUAGAGCCGGGGCCAGGUGAACCACUGGAGGCCAUGGACGAGCCGGUAACCACCAGCCCCUGUUCGUCUGAACCGGACAGUCCCGGAGGACUGAACCGAGGCUGUCUGCUGGACCCGGCGGAUCUGCUGUACCACGAGCUGUCCGUCAUCGUCCCGGAGACCCCCAGUCCACAGCUCGGCAAACGGAGGAGACGGGGGCCAAUCACAGAGGAACGUUUCAGUCCUGUGGCGGUCGGGGGCUCAUGGGGACGACCAGAACAAUCGCUCAGCGGUGAACAAGGGUCCUCGUGUGGAUCCAAACGCAGGCGGCUGGCAGCAGCGGUGGGAAAUCGGAGGGUUCUGUUUGUUCCUGGUUCAUCUCUGAGACCUUUUCCUCUGGGCAACCCGCUGUCGACGGCACCCUGUUUCUCCUCCUCCUCAUCUUCAUCCUCCUACCUCACUCCAGCAUCAGAGGAGGGUGAGGUGUGUUUGACUGUGCCAGGUUCCCCAGGAGAAGUCAGAACUGGUUCUCUCAGCCAGUUGAGGAGGAGGAGCCCAAGUGUGACUUCGGCUUCAUCGUCGCCCUCGCUGCUGCCGGCCUCUGACUCUCUGUCCUUUCUGACAGCAGAGGAGAGGAGAUGGCUGAACGGCGAACGAGGAAACACUUCAGCAGCAGUGGAGGAGAUCAUCAUCAGUGACGAUGAGGAGGGCAUGGUUCGCGUGGCACAGAUGGAGGAAGAUGAGUCGUUUGCGCAGAGCCUGCAGGCCCAGUUUGACCGAGAGGAGGUGCACAGCAGACACCAGCACCACCACCACCACCACCACCUCUAUCAGCAGAGCCACCACAGGUAUUAUUCCCACAUGGAACCCAGCUGGAUGUCCCAUGUGCUGGCUGCAGUGGCUCCCCCUGCUGGCUUUGAAGAAGUUUUGUUUCCAGGUCUGAUUGGUCAGCAGAGAGGACGGGGGCCGACCAGAGGGAGGAACGCCAUGCCCAACAUGUCAGAGGACCCUCAGGGAAACGACUACGAGGCUCUUCUGGCAUUCGAGGAACGUCAAGGUGCCGUUGUGUCAAAGAAGUUGACGCGAAGGCAAAUCCAGAGAUUUCCCACCAAAACCUUCCAGUCCGCCUACAGCGCUGGGAACACUAAGUGUCAGAUCUGUUUCUGUGAAUACACUGAGGGGGAGAAGCUGAGGAUGUUGCCGUGUUUCCAUGACUACCAUGUCCAGUGUAUUGACCGGUGGUUAAAGGAUAACACCACCUGUCCGAUCUGCAGAGUGAACCUUGCUGAUGGUGACUGCUCCGCCCCCCCGACCCUCUGAAGGCGUCUCUGCUGGCAGUGGCCGGUUCACGGUCACCUCCUGCCACUACGAGUUACUUGAAGACUUGAGUCUUACUGUAGUUUGUGUCUGAUGAAGGACGACUCAUCAACUCGUCUUUUUUAUACUUUUAUUUAAAUGUUUUCUGUCAUUGCUGAUUUUACAGGAAUAAAAAGAUAAAACCUCGAA